AUAUCGGGAGCGCUUCGGACGACAACCAGUCAAUCCGUAAGUGCUCAGCGAUCGAACAGAACGCGCGGUGUACGCUCGGAGCGAAGCAUACACGAUACGAUCGCUUUUUACGCGAGACGCGGGAGACACAUCAAAGAAGAACUACAGUUAAGGUUGUAAUCGGAACAGUUAAAGGACAGCAAAAUGGGUGACGGAAAAGUAGAAGAUAACCCCAAAAUACUGUCGGGGCCAGUGUUGACAAACUCACCGAACGCGGUGCUCUCCAAGACUCUGCUGAGCCGGUACAAGGACCUGCCGCUGCCGGCCGACACGAUCCUGGCCACCUACAUCUGGAUCGACGGCACGGGCGAGCACUUGCGGUGUAAGGACCGCACCUUGAACUUUAUACCGAAAGUAGCAAAAGAUUUGCCUAUUUGGAACUUUGAUGGCAGCUCAACUGGGCAGUCGGACGGGCACAACUCGGACACGUUCCUGGUGCCGCGCGCCCUGUACAAGGACCCGUUCCGCCGCGGCAACCACGUGCUGGUUAUGUGCGACACCUUCAAGUACAACAUGGAACCCACGGAGACCAACCACCGCGUUCGAUGCCAGGAAGCGUCGGACAAAUGCAAGGACGAGGAGCCGUGGUUCGGCAUCGAGCAGGAGUACAUCCUCCUAGACGCGGAUCUCAGGCCCUUCGGAUGGCCCCCUGGCGGCUGCCCUCCACCACAGGGACCCUACUACUGCGGAGUUGGUGCCAAUAAAGUAUUCGCCCGAGAUCUCGUCGAUUCACAUUACCGAUGCUGCCUCUAUGCUGGCUUACCUAUCUCUGGCACUAACGCUGAGGUGAUGCCCUCUCAGUGGGAGUUCCAAGUGGGCCCGUCUGUGGGAGUGAGCGCCGCCGACGACCUGUGGGUAGCGCGCUACAUCCUGCACCGGCUAGCUGAGGAGUACGGCGUCAUCGUCACCUUCGACCCCAAGCCUGUGCAAGACUGGAACGGUUCAGGAGCACAUACCAACUUCUCUACUAAAAAGAUGAGAGACGAAAACGGCAUUAUCGAAAUCGAGAAGGCGAUAGACAAGCUGUCUAAAGUGCACAUGAAGCAUAUCAAGGUGUACGACCCCCGCGGAGGAAAGGAUAACGAGAGAAGGUUGACCGGUCUCCACGAAACCGCCAGUAUUAACGACUUUAGCGCAGGCGUAGCGAGCCGCGGCAGCAGCAUCCGGAUACCGCGUGCGGUCGCGGAGGAGAAGAAGGGCUACCUGGAGGACCGGCGGCCGGCCUCCAACUGCGACCCCUACUCCGUCGUGAACGCCCUCAUGCGCACCUGCAUCCUCAACGAAUAACAGCGGGGCGCGGACGAGCGCCCGCCCGCCGCCACCUCACUCGAACACUCCAUGUGCCCAAACACCCUCAGCGAUAAAACCUUCGCUAUGUAACCGUGGGGAUGCGCACGGGCAACCUCGGUACCUAUAUUGUUACUAUCUUCAAAGUAAUCUCAUUCUACUUAUGUGAGCGCACCGACGUGAUAGGUAGUCCCGACGCGACGGCCACGUGUAGUAAUUUAUGUCAGUAUUUAAUGCCUUUUUGCACGUAAGCAGAAUUUACACAAAUUAGGAUCGGUUAAUAUUCUUUUACCUUUUGCAACUGUUGCUAAUAUUGAACACUGCCGGUUUUGAUAUUUUUUUGGAAUCAUGCUGUUAUGGAAUUCACUGAAUGUAGUUAUUUAAUAAGUUUAAUAACACUUGUGGCCAUUGACAUAGGCAUCAGACAUCUUUUUAAUGUCAUAAACACUGAGUUCUGGGCAUGGCGGUGGAGCGAUAGUGGUAGAGGCGUUUUAUGGACCACAUUUUAAUGAAGGAUAUUAUACAUUUUAUUAAAUAAAAUAUUUUUACGAAUAUUAUGUGAUAUUUCACAUUAAUUGUUACUUUGAUGUUGAAUAGUUUAAUUAUACAAUACAAAUAAUCACAUAUCAUUAUUUCUAACAUAUUCAUUUACAUGGAGGCAUUAUAGAUGCGAGUUAGUUUAAUGCAAGCUAACUAACAAGACACGUCUCGAAUGGCAACGUCAGUUUUUAGACUCGACUUGUACUUUGUUACUAGGUAUAGAUAGCUUACGUGAACCGUUUUGUAUUGAGUGCCGAGUGCCACGUGCCACCCAUUGUACACCUUUUAAUUUAGUUAUCACACUUAUCAACCUUUAUUAACUGCUUAUCUCAUCUAUACAUAAAUAUAAAUAAUAUCUAAAUAUAACUUAAAGCUAAUGUAAUUUUGCACAAGCGUAUGCGUUUGCACUUUGCAAUAAUAAUACCUAUGAGUCUUGAAUCCACUGUCACGGAUAACGAUAUACAAAUUUUGACAAAGGUAAACACCAAUAAUGAAAUAAGUGUAGGACAUUAAUAGUACAUAUUUACUUAUGAGAGCACAAAAUAGAUUCUUGUGAUAAAUUUAGCGGUUUAGAAUUGUUAGUUUUAAUUUUUAAUAAUAAAUAUUAUUAAUUAAUUUUAUUACAGCAUGCGCCUAUUGAAAUAUUUUAAUGCCACGAAAUAUAUUUAGUUAUGAAUAUUAAUACAUGUUAAUUCGUUAACAUUAUAAAUGAGAUGUUAGGUAGGUAUAAAAAAUAAAUUAUACUUUGUUGUAUAA